AUGGAUUCGAAUGGCUUUUCUGAUCCGUACGUCAAGCUGCAUCUGAUUCCAGGAGCCCGCAAGUCGACCAAGCUGCGCACUUCUACUGUCUACAGAUGCUUGAACCCGGUCUGGAACGAACGACUGGUAUACUAUGGCAUCACGGACGAGGACAUCGCCAGGAAAAUGCUGCGAUUAGCGGUUUACGAUGAGGACAAGAUUGGAGCAGAUUUUCUCGGGGAGACGAGAGUGCCUUUGAAGCGACUUACGCCAAACGAGGAAAAAUGCUUCAACGUGUACUUAGAGAAACAAAUGCCGGUGGACAAAGAUCAGGAUUCAAUCAGCGAGCGCGGAAAAAUAUUGCUGUCACUUUUGUACGAUAUCCAAUCCAAAACACUUCACGUGACCGUGGUACGAUGUGCGGAGCUAAUCGGUUUAGACACUUCUGGCUACUCUGAUCCGUACGUGAAAGUGAUUCUCCUGCCUGACAGCGGAUCGAGCAAAUUUCGCUACAGGACUAAGGCGAAGAAGCGAACUUUGAACCCGGAGUUCAAUACUGUGUUCAAGUUUCCGUUCUCGCAGGAAGACUUUUAUCGAAAAUGCUUGAAUUUCGAAGUCUGGGAUAAAGACGUCGGCAAACACGACGACUUUAUAGGCUCUGUUCAACUGAGCUUUGCCGCCAAGGGCGACGGAUUACGACAGUGGUCGGAUUGCGCCAAGAAUCCAAACACUGUAUUUCAACAUUGGCACAAAUUGACCGUAGAACAGCGCAAAUCCUCUUCACAGGCAGUGUAA